AUAAACAUACUUGUCGUCAAGCUGUUCAUGUUCAAACUUGAAAGGAAAAGACAUAUUUCUAUAGGAUUAUAAGCAGUACAUAAGGAAUAGUGGUUAUAACAAUCCAGUCAUUUUCAGCGAGUGAUUUCCACAAAACAGUUUAGGAAAAACUUUUAACACAAUGGAAACAAUUAAGCAAAAAUGGGUGGGAAAGUGGGUCCAUGAUGAAAAUGAAGACAUGGAAGAAUUCUUGAAAGCUAUUGGAGCAACUUAUGCAGCUAGACAAAUAAUGGUGAACAGUAACCCGAUUAUUGAAAUCAGUCUCACCGGGGAUGACAUCCAGUUUCGACAUGUACCAAAUCCAUCAAUGCCAAGCUUCAAUGUUAACUAUACAUUCAACCUACUUAACAAAAAGGAAGUUGACGAAUUAUAUAUCGAAAGAUUGUAUUUUGAUCUGAAGUUUUCCUGGGAAUCGGAGAAGCUUAUUGUAGAAGUAGAUUCUGAUAGCAUCAAACCACAUAAGAUAGAAUACAGCAUCAACGAAGAUGGUGAUUUACUACAGGUCUGGAGAAAAGACAAUGUAAGUUGUACUUUCAAGUACGAAAAACAAUGAGGUGUAAGCUGGUUAAAAGCUGACAUUCCUGACAAAGUAGAUAGACAAAAAGCCACAAACAAUUUUUGCAAAGGCGUACAAAAUAUCCGUCAACACGAUAUUGAACUUUUAUUGUUGUUUUGGUUAUUUAUCAUACAUUGCAUAUUUUUUCAGUUGUAUACUUUUUCUUUUUUCUAAAAUAGAAAGUAGGACGAACAACGUAAUACAUCUUUAUAACCUUUUUCAAACACUACGUAAAGAUUAUAGUUCAUUAAUUACAAAAUUAAAGAAAUUAACUCCAGACAGGAGCAACAGCAACCACUAGAAAAUGUUUGUUUAAUUGUAAUAUGGUAACUACACAGUAAAAACAGCUGAUAUAGAUUAUCAGUGAAACUUAUAUGAGUAGAUAAUUAAGUAUGGCAUCAUGGCCAAAAACUUGAAUCAACUUAUUCAUGUACAUCAAUAAACAAAAUACAGUGCAGAAAUAAUUAUUUCUGAUUGGCCUUCUUGAAGCAAUACAUAAGCAUGGUUAAAGAUUUCAUAUAUAUAAAAGCUUAUAUUUUGGGAAUUAAAUGUAAAGCUGUUAGUGGAAAGUGAUUUCUAAAUCCCAGGUAUACUUUUUACGGCCAUAACCUCAUUUUGCACCGUAUAAGUAAGUGCUUUUAUUUUAUUUUUAAUCAUUCUGCUGAAAUGUGCUGUGUAUAUUUCAAUGAAUAUAUUGUUUUCUUCAUUGUAAAAAUGAACUGCAUACUUGAAUACUUAUUUUCACUUUUUUUCUACCAAUUUCUACUUUUUAUAUCAUUCAUGUUGACCUACAUUCAUCUUGAAAUAAACCGUUCUGGAACCAAUAUCA